AUGCUGUGCUGCACUGCAGCUAGUCGCUCGCGUUACGGGCGACGGGUCGUGGUUAGAAGCCCAGCAGAGUGCUUCUGGGAUACAGCUGCGUAGCUGCACUCACGUAUCGCUUCGACGGCGUGCUGUGAGGCAAGAGCUCCUGCAAAAGCUCCAGAGUUUUUAUCUCCAAAAAUCAGCAUAGGUGGUGCAACAAACGGCUCGUAAAAGGAGCUAGAAGUGGAUACGGGUGGCGCAGCAGACGCUCCGUGACAGCUGCAUCGGUCUUCGGCAGCUGCUGGUCGUGCGCGCGCUCGCAGACGAGCUGUGUAGCAAGCAGGCCUGCAGCACAAAAAAAAUGGCCGAGAUCGCCCGCGACGCCAUCCUCUACGGCGGCAAGGACGUCGCGAAAGCGCAAAAAGCCGCCGAAGACCUCCUCCAGAAGCUCGUCGCAAACGGGUGCGACGAGGCGAAAGCAGCCCCAUUGUCGCGCAAGGCGGCCGCGUCACUGAACGAAGCGAGAUCGGUCAUUGUCGUCCUUUGUGGAGAGGGCGACGGCGCGCAGGAGCCGAACUUCGAUCGAUUCUGGCGCUACCUGAAGAGGAGCGCGGAUCGCGUCGACCAGCUGACGACGGCGGUCUUAGACAUUGGAGACGGCGCUUUAGGUGCGCUCGUAUCCAAACGCUUCGAGGAGCUCGGGUCAACGCCCAUUACUGAUGUUGAAAAGGUCGUCGCGGCUCUGAAGCCGACGGCAUCGUCGACAACAGAAAUACAAGAGAGACUCUGCGUCCUCUACGCCUCGCAGACGGGCAACGCCGAGUGCAUCGCCAAGGACGUUAAGGUCGAAAUUGAGGCGCGGUCACCAACUUGUAGUGUCGUCGUGAAGCCGUUGGACGCGUGGCGCGAACGCGUCGACGGCACGGAGCUGAUAGGCAAGGGCGCAACCUGUAUCAUAAUAGCCUCGACGACGGGCAACGGCGACGCGCCGGACAAUGGGGAGCGCUUCUGGCGGUACGUUCGCAAAAGAGCACAACCAUCUGAUUUACUGGAAGGAGUGCGCUACUGCGUGCUGGGUUUGGGGGAUACGAACUACGACAAGUUCUGCCACGUCGGUAAGGUGCUAGAUGGUAGGUUCGCCGAAGUGGGCGCGGACCGGUUCUAUGAGCUGGGUUGCGCCGACGAGGCGAUGGGCCUCGAGCACGCGGUCGACCCGUGGCUCAACGGGUUGUGGCCCGCGUUAUGUGGUUUGGGGCUGAUUGGGGAUGGGAGUGUGCGAGAAAAGGUGGACCUGGGGGAGCCGGUGCCCGUGGCGUGCUGUUGCUCCACCGACCACGCGGGUUUAUUGUUACGCGGCUUCGACGUGGACAAAUUCUUAAGGGAGAACCCGCGCGGCCUCGACGAGGCGCAGCUUCCCAAGGUGCGCGAGGCGUCUUCUGCAGAAGUGACUGCUGCAGAAGAGAACGGCCGCGCGGGCGCCUUCUCGGCCGUGAGGCCUUUCGAGGCGCCCGUGGUCGGGGCUUCAGUAUUAGCGGACGCGAACGGGCGGCGCGUCGUCCACGUCGAACUAGAUUUGACGGCGUCCGGGGCGCGCUACGAGCCGGGCGACUCCGUUGGUGUGAGGUGUCCCAAUGAUCAUGAGUCUCUGAAAGCGGCGGCCGCGGCUCUCGGUGUGAAGGAGGUGUCCUCAUCAGAGCUCAUUCACAACGCGGACUUGAGCGCCGCGCCGUCGCGGUCCGUAUUACGCGCAUUGGCGGGCUGGUGCUCCGAUACGAAGGAGCGCGACCUUUGUUUAGCUCUCGCGGCGCGGCCCGCGGGCAAGCUCUUGUACGACGCGUGCGUCGCGCGGCCGCGCCUGAAGGCGUAUGAAUUACUAGCGGCGCUGCCGUCCUGCAGGCCGCCCUCGGAAGCGGCGCUGGCCGGCGCUCUACCUAGACUCUCGGCGCGCUACUACUCCGUGGCGUCGUCGCCGUUAACACCGGACGGCGCCGCCCGGAAAGAAAUAGUGAGCCUCUGCUUCUCCGUGGUGAAAUACGAGGCCGGCGCCGGCACGAACGCCGCCCACUCAUUAGAGGGAGCGGACCGCGUCUACGCACGUAAAGGAUUGUGCACGACCUGGCUCGACGAAUUGGUGAGGCCCGUCCUCGCCGGCAAGACCAUCACGGACAGAGUGCCGUGCUUCCUCAAGCCGUCGGAGGCCUUCGCCCUGCCCGAGGACCCCGACGCGCCGAUCCUCAUGGUCGGGCCGGGGACGGGCGUCGCGCCCUUCGUGGGCUUCCUGGAGCACCGCGCGCGCAAGCGCCGCGCGACGGCUGUGAGCGCGCCGCCGCCGCCGCCAUCGGCGUUGCCCGGCGCCCGGCCCGCGCUGCCGGGGGCGCGGCCCGCCUUACCGGGCGCGCGGCCCGCCUUACCCGGAGCGCGGCCGUCCUUACCCGGAGCGCGGCCCUCGGUGCAACGGGCGCCGCAAAAGCCAAAGACGACGACGACGACGCUCUACUUCGGCUGCCGCGCGCGGGACGUCGACUGGCUCUAUAGGGAACGCAUGCAGGCGCACGCGUCCGCCGGCCUCGACCUGAGGCUCGCCUUUUCUAGAGAGGACCCUGAUACAAAAGUGUACGUGCAGCACCUGGUCAAGGAGGACGCGCGCAAGGUCGCGCAGCUCCUGAGCGACGGCGUGGGGCGGGUCUACGUUUGUGGUGAUGGCGCGAAUAUGGCGCGCGACGUCCACCACGCGCUCGCGCACUCGUUGGUGGCCGCGGGCAAGGCCGCGGACAAGGGCGCCGCGCUCGCGGCGCUCGAGGUGCUCAAGAAGGACGGGCGGCUGCUGCACGACAUCUGGUCGCCCAUCGACGAGUACGAGGACUAG